UCUCCUCCCUCUUCUUCCUUGCUGCAAACUCUGCACAUCGCUUUUACCUUUUCGUACCCCAUUACGGUCUUUAGCCCUAGAGCAGCGCUCUCCCACACUCAUUGCGAUAGUAUCAGUUAUACUUUUCGUUGCAAACGUCACUCUUUAAACCCCGUUUGCCUACCCGAUCCUUCAAGUUUGCGCCAGAUCCAAUCUCACCGCAAUCUCUUCCGAUUCUCUGCAGAUAUAUCAUUGGCUGCAUUGCGAUAUCUAUCAGCUUAAUCCUUCUUUCGAGUUCCUAAAGGCCUCUCGCCAUUCCCUUGUCGCAUACCAGAUUUUCUAUAGCCACUCAGCUUGAGCGCCGAAAGAAUGAAGGUCACCACUAUCGCAUCCGUUCUCUGCCUCUCUGCGACCCAGCUUGUCGCUGCCGACACCGUCGUCACCUCAACGGCGACAAAUACGAUCACUCAAACGGUUUACCGUGUUACCGCUGAAACCGCCGCUGAGAGCCUGUCUGCCACUCCUCUCAGCUCUUCCCCAAGCCCUACGGGCUCUGUGACCUCCAGCCAUGCGCACCAUUCUAGUACUACGCCGACUAGCUCAACCGACACAACCAGUCCAUCAGCUACUUUGAACUCCGCUGCUGGAACCUUUGAUGCCAGCAUACCCGUUGCGCUCGCUGCUGGCUCUAUGGCUCUCCUGUUGGGUUACCUGUGAUCAAGCUCAACAUUUCCAUAAUCUGACAGCGAUAACCUCGUUGUGGUACUGUGAGACUGUCAGCGAUCAGCCACGAUGUUUCCGGAUACCAGGACUGGCUAUAGCGAUUGCUGGAGGCUCAUCACUGGCAGAUAGACCCCUUCUU